ACUAAAACUGAAUUACCACGCCCCCUAUUGAGUUUCCAUGCCGACAAGAAAGCUUUAAUUACCAAGCAUCAAAAGACAGAAAACAAGUAAUCUAAGCACCUCUAAAGCUACCAGCAUGAGUACAGAUCUAUCUCCAGUCUUCAGUGAAAGUGAGGUUCAAGAUGAUGCUCUUGAAGCUAGUGGAGAUCCCCAGAUGAACGCUAUCAUCCUACCAGACCAUGAUGAAAGUUAUGAAGAAGACACUGAUGAUGAGAAUGAGCUGGUGGUCCUGGAUCCAAGUCAUCCUCUUAUGCAAAGGGUCCAAGCCGCCCUCAAAGAACAACUGAGCAGACAGAAUGAGAAACUAGAAAUUGAGUUUCGUGAAAAGAAUGAGACGUUAAAGAGUCUUCAAACUAACCGUGAGAGCCUCGGUGUAGAGUUGUAUGGCAUUCAGCAGCAAUUGGCCCGACAGCAGAUGCUCUUGGAGCAGGAACAGGACACACUGUCGAGUAUGAGCCAAUUCAGAGAGCAGAGAGAGAAGACUCUCAGUGAUGUUCGGCAGCUCUAUAGGAACAUGCAAGAUCAACUGAAGAAAGAGAGGCAACAAUCCUUACAGCUUCGUCAUGAGGUGGAGAGCACAACAGCUAGAUUGCGUUAUCUGGAUGAGGCCCAUUCCACUAUCAAAGACGACAUUGCUCUCACUAAGAGGGUCACCGAGAAAGCCACCUUAGAUGUGACCAAGGCUCAGAGAGACAAAUUACAGCAGGAUGUAUAUGUUGAGCACCUGACUUCAGAGCUGAACAAUCUGGAGGAGCAGUUGGGCCUAGCCCAGGCACAGUGCACUGCACAGGCCCAGGAGACCAAGGCCAUCAGGGAGAUACUCACUGACGCCACUAUGGAGUUAGAGACUGUGCUAUUGGAGAAGAAGAAGCUUGUUCAGCAGUGGAAUAAUGCUCUCAUAGGAAUGCGCAGGAGGGAUGAUGCUUAUGCUGGAAUGGUGUCUGCUGUGCAUGCCCAGCAUCAGCAAAUGCGUAGUCUGGAGGCAGAGAUUGACAACUACAAGAAGGGCGUCAACAAAGAGCAGGAACGCAACGAGGAGCUCACCAUGAUGCUCAAUAAACUCAACGCUGAUAUUGGGCACAUUAAGAAGCAAAUAGAUUCCUCCAUGAUGAAGAAGGAAGCUCUCAAAGUGGAGUACAUGACCUACACCAGGACCUUGCAGGAGACAGAGCAGUCACUAGCCAAAGCAAGAACUGACUGUGUAGUGAAGCAGAAUGAGGUGCAGUCCAUCAGGACCCAGACCCAGAGAGAGUCACUGGAGAAGCACAAGCUGGAGGAUGCAGUCAUGGAGAAGAUGAUGCAGCGCCUCACCAUGGACAAGGCCACUCGCUACACUCAGAACUCUGUAACAAAAAUCCGGAAGAGGUCUGAUGAAUUGGAUAUCUUGCUUGCCAAUGUGGAGAAUGAGAUAUCGCAGUCUCGUCUCCAGCUGUCCCAUGUGACUGGUCAGCUGAGGAGGCUUCAGCAAACCCUGGAUGAACACAAUGCAGCCACCCAAGAGAAGAAUGAGCUCAUCUCCAAGGCUGAGGCUGAGAUUGCCAAGAACAACGCUUUGAUUGAGAGGAAGCAAACACAAGUUGAUCAAUUCAACAAAAAAAUUGAGCAAAAGAUAUCCAAAAUGGAAGGGGGUGAGGACUUGGGCCCGUUGGAGCUUAAGAUUGAUGGUCUCCAGAAGCAGAUUGACAACAGUGUGGACAGGUGCACUCAGAUGCAGCAGUUCUGGCUACGACAACAGAACGACCUGGUCAAGAAGACAAGGCAAUCUGACGAGCAGUCUCAGGCUGUCGACUCACUCAAGAAGCAACUGCUCAUCCUUGAUCAGAAAAAGAUCAGGACUGAUGGCCUGCUAAACCACGAGGAGAAGGAGCGAGGUCGUGUGGAGUAUGGGAUAGGGUCUCUACAGAAGGACAUGGUUCGCCUCAAUACCCUCAUCACAAACAAGAGGGGGCAACAGGAGAGACUUGCUCAGGGAAACAUAUUCACAGAGAAUGAUUUCAUUAAUGCACUCAAGGAGUCAGAGUUGGAAUCCAUUCAAAUACAGUCAAACAUAGACCAGUUGCAAGAGGAGAAAGAGAGACUUCUCAACAGUGUAGUGGAGUCAGAACGUCAGAUUAUGCUCUGGGAGAAAAAGAUCCAAGUGUCUCGUGAGAUGAAGGAAGCAGUCAACUCUGAGGCUGGUCAGGCUGAGGUCAGAGCCAUGAAAGCUGAGAUUCAUCGAAUGCAGGUUCGACAUGACCAACUGAUGAGACAGCAAGAGAAAAUGAUACAAGAUAUGGAGAAGGCGGUUUACAGAAGAGAAGCCAUCAUGCUAAGAGGUGAGGCUCAAACCAAGUCUGGGAAAAUGGAUCAGACAAAGGGUUAUUUAAAGAAAAAGAUUAUGGACUUGCAACGGCAAAUCAAACAAACAACACAAGAAAUAUCGAAGCACGAGAGUCUGGCCCGUGAGCUCCAGUCUACACAGGGAAGCGUUGCUAAUGAACUAGAGGAGAGGAAAUUAAACUGUCAAGAAUUGAGGGCCACUCUGGAGGGACUACACGCACAACUCAUUUAUGCUGAGGAGAAAAAGAAACAGAACAUGGGUGAGCUUAUUUCGAGUCAGGCGAGGGUUAAGUACAUGAAUGCUGCGAGAGAUGGCAAGUACAAGCUGCUCAACAAAACCAAGGAAGCUAGAGAGGGGGAGUGGCAGAGACAACAGGAGAAGCUGCGCUCGUUACACGCCAUACUGGAGAGACUCGAAUCAGACUUUCCUACUUGUCGCAGUCAGUUGAGAAACAUGUCGAUGUCCAUCAAGUCCAGAUUGUCGUCUCAACGCUCGGGAGCUAUUCACAAAGAGACUGAACUAGCAUAAACAAUAAACACUGACUUAUCUCUGUGUGCAUGUAUACUGUGUAUAGUGCAUUCUUUGAUAAUGAUGAUUAUUGAUGAUCAUAUUAUUUUAUGA